GCCAAUAGGCUUUUGCAAAGCGUCCUAAGCUGACGUCAGCCCGGUACCGAUGAACAGCCGGUAGCAUUGUAGAAAGCCGUACGGUUGCUCGCUGUUUGUACUUUUGUCCACUAAUUUCUCCCUUGAAACGCGCAAACAUGCCUUUCGAUGUUAGGAGAUUUGAUAUCUACAGGAAAGUGCCAAAAGAUCUCACCCAGCCCACAUACACAGGAGCUUUCAUUUCCAUUCUGUGCUGUGUCUUCAUAUUCUUCCUGUUCCUGUCUGAGCUGACGGGAUUCAUAGCCACUGAAAUUGUAAAUGAACUGUAUGUGGAUGAUCCUGAUAAAGACAGUGGUGGGAAGAUAGAAGUGAGUUUAAACAUCAGUUUGCCAAACUUACACUGUGAUUUGGUGGGUUUGGACAUCCAGGAUGAAAUGGGCCGACAUGAAGUCGGCCACAUAGACAACUCGAUGAAGGUUCCCCUCAAUGAGGGUGAUGGCUGUCGCUUUGAGGGAGAGUUCACCAUCAACAAGGUGCCAGGAAACUUCCAUGUGUCGACACACAGCGCUACAGCGCAACCCCAAAGCCCUGACAUGACCCACACCAUCCACAAGCUUGUCUUUGGAGAAAAGUUCCAGGUACAAAAAGUAAAAGGAGCCUUCAAUGCGUUAGGAGGUGCUAACAGGCUGUCAUCUAAUCCUCUGGCCUCUCAUGACUACAUACUGAAGAUUGUUCCAACAGUUUAUGAAGACCUAGCAGGCAAACAGAGGUUCUCCUACCAGUACACAGUAGCCAACAAGGAAUAUGUUGCUUACAGCCACACGGGCAGGAUCAUCCCGGCCAUCUGGUUCCGAUACGACCUCAGUCCAAUCACGGUCAAAUACACAGAGAGGAGACAGCCUUUCUACCGCUUCAUCACAACCAUCUGUGCCAUCGUUGGCGGGACGUUCACGGUCGCAGGAAUCAUCGACUCCUGUAUAUUCACCGCCUCAGAGGCCUGGAAGAAGAUCCAGAUAGGAAAAAUGUCAUGAGGACCGCUCCCCACUCCUCCUUGCAUCUUAUUUAUAAGUCAAAGUUGCUAGCCUGUUAGCUAAAUCCAACCCGUACUCGAACCAGCUUUCUUUUGGAAAUUGCAUCAGCGUGACCAAUGAAGCAGCUCAGGCACUUGAUCUAACUACCAGGCUACUGUGUCUCAGUUACUGCAAAGUCCUCCAAGGCUCCGUCUGCUCUGGUGACAUGUGGACACUGACUAUCACAUGUCCGCUUCUUCCGUCUUCAGUGUCAGGAGAGGAGAGGACAUGGAAGUUUAUCAUAGGGCUGAAGAACUGUGUGCCAGGGGUUCAACCAGUAUGGUUUUUGAAGGCUGCAUGAAGCAAGAAACAAACAAACAAAAAAAAAAGAUUCCCACUGCUAUUCAAAUUUUUUAAAUUUGGUGCUAGCACCAGAUCUCCACACACACUCGUAGGGACAUUACGGUUUAUUGCUGAACGGUUUACCAAAAGACAUUCGUUUAUAUUCAGUGUUGAAAUGAAUUUUGAAUAAAAGGAGAAUUUGAGCCAGUUACUGAUCAACCACUGCCAAUGGGAGUGUUCAUUUUAAGGAAGUGUUGUGUGUUAAAAUCUGACUGAACUCUUUAAGUAUUGUGGUCAUUCAGUUUGUCCAGAAAACUGCAUUUUGUGUCAUUUGGCUGUCAUUUUAUCUCUGAUAUUCGAGCUGUGUGCCAGUAGGUUUACUGUCCCUUGUACAGGGUUAGUCUUAUUUGUUUGUCCAUCAGUUUCAGUGGCUGCGGCUGAAAGCAGUGUUUCCACUUGUUCCCUGCUUCAUGUUACAAUUACUUUUAAGAGACUCCUUUCAGUACAGUGGUCAUUGUUUACCUUUCAGUCCAUUGCUAUUAAAGGUCCUAGCUUUGAGUUUUUCCCAUUUUGAUUCAAUUAUUGCUUAGAAUGUAGUAAAGGUCUUGAUUUUCAUGAGAGAUAACUUUAUUCAUGCUUUUUUUAAUAAACAAAAAGAGAGAACUUGUUGGCCGA